AUGGUGCCAAAGGCAGACGGUGACAGUAAUGGAAGCAUGGACAGUGAAAAGGACGAGGAUGAUGCACACGAGGUUGACGACCUUGACAUGGAGCGUCGGAGAAUUAUGGCCCGAAAUCGCGCGAAGCUCAUCGCGUUGGGCAUCUCCGUGGGCGUCAUGGAGCUUCAGGACCUGGCAAAGAAGUGCGCGUCAGCUCACGCACGGCCGCGGCCCAGCAAGCCCAAGGCGGACCGUCACCAGCCCACCGAGCCGACGCGGCGGUCCACCCGCCUGGCUACAACUGGAACCAUUGCGGGUGCGGGUGCGGGUGCAGGUGCUAGCGGUGGCCAAGAAGCGGCUACUGUGAAUGAGCCUCUGCUACAGCUCGGGGAGCAUGGCGAGGCGGAGGUGCAAGGGAGGGGCCACGCGGGGACCUCAGCCAGGUCGCGAGGGGGUCCUGGGGGGGGGGCGGGGAGGGAGGGGGCGGCGGUGGAGGGGGAGGAGGAGGGAGAGGCAGCAGCAGCAACAACCGGACUAUCAGAGGAAGAGAUUGCGGCCAAGGCGGAGCAGCUGCGGCAGCGGGAGGCCUCCCGCCUUCGUGAGCUGGAGCUGGAGGGGCUGCCACUACACGGUGCGGCUGAGUGA